GACUCAUGGCAUUGAAGCCUCUCUGGAAACACCCCCACCCUUCUGGUCAUCCAGUUUACACACACCCCUUGAGCUCCUCCUUGGUUCAAAUGUUAAAUCAAGAGGAAGAAGGAAAACAAAUUAAAGAGCUGCUCUUAAGUAUCUUGAAUUUUCUGUGUCCCCCCUCUUAAUAGGAGAGAAUACCCCAAGUUUGACUGUUCCCUGAAAGUACACUCUCUUCUUAAAGCAUCAACAUUAUUCUAACCUUUGGAUAAUACUAGAAGAAGAGGUCACCUGUAUUUUUGCUUCUGACUACUGGAAGUAAAAGCAGAAAGAUGGCAAGCCUGAGGACCAACACUGAAACAGACCCUGAAAUCGAGCUUUUUGUGAAGGCUGGAAGUGAUGGGGAGAGUAUUGGAAACUGUCCAUUUUGCCAACGCCUCUUUAUGAUUCUCUGGCUUAAAGGAGUUAAAUUUAAUGUGACAACUGUUGAUAUGACCAGAAAGCCGGAAGAGCUGAAGGACUUAGCCCCAGGUACCAAUCCUCCCUUCUUGGUGUAUAACAAGGAGCUGAAAACGGACUUCAUUAAAAUUGAGGAGUUUCUAGAGCAAACAUUGGCUCCUCCAAGGUAUCCUCACCUGAGUCCCAAGUACAAGGAAUCCUUUGAUGUGGGCUGUAACCUCUUUGCCAAAUUCUCUGCAUACAUUAAGAAUACACAAAAGGAGGCAAAUAAGAAUUUUGAAAAAUCUCUGCUCAGAGAGUUUAAACGUCUUGAUGACUACUUAAACACCCCACUUCUGGAUGAAAUUGAUCCAGACAAUGCUGAGGAACUCAGAGUUUCCAGAAGAUUGUUCUUGGAUGGGGAUCAGCUAACACUGGCUGACUGCAGCUUGUUACCCAAACUGAACAUUAUUAAAGUUGCUGCUAAGAAAUACCGUGACUUUGACAUUCCAGCAGAAUUCUCAGGAGUCUGGCGCUAUCUCCACAAUGCCUAUGCUCGUGAAGAAUUUACCCACACUUGCCCCAAAGACAAAGAAAUUGAAAACACCUAUGCAAAUGUAGCUAAACAGAAGAGUUAAAAUAACUCUUUCAGGAGAAAAAGCUAUAUUUGUUAUCAGAUUUCACUUUCUGCUUCAUUAGAAAAUUUUUGAGAAAUAAGAAUGUGAAAAACAGUAUUUCCUCUAUCCAACCCAUUUAUGAAAAAGAACUCUGUAUUUUCUGUAUCUAAGUAACCAUAAAAAAUGUGUUCAUUCUGCAUUUUACAGAUCUUCACAUUUUCGGUUCAUUUUUAUUUAUUCCUAUGACAAACCAUGGCAACCUUGACUGACAUGGAAAGUAUCAAGAUAAUUUUAUGUUUUUAUUAGUUUCAUGUGCACAUAAGUUUAUGACAUGAAUAAUAAGAUCAGAGAGUGAACAUAUCAGAGAAGCAAAUUAUUUUUAGCUGUAGAUGGACACAAUAUCUUUAUUUUACUUAUUUAUUUUAAUGUGGUGCUGAAGAUCGAACCCAGUGCCUCACAUGUGCCAGGCAAGUGCUCUACCACUGAGCCACAGCCACAGCCCAGAGAAGCAAAUUCUAAAAGAAUUAUUUUUUUAAAUCACUAAAGAGACCAAAAUCAGUUGGUCCUUGAACAGCUUUCAAAACCUAAAAAUAUGACGACCUCAGAGAUCAGACUGUCUUUGUGACUGGAUUAUAUUAUUGUUAAAUGAGCAAGUAUUCAUUUGAUAAAAUAUAAUUCUUAAAAAACAAGCUCAGAAGCAAAUACAUAGCAAAGCUGCAAAGUCAAUUUGGAUCUUUUAGUCAGAAACAAGGAAACUAAGAAAGUUGGCUUACCGAAAAGAAGUCUUGUUGCCAUUUGUAAAAAGACAAAGUACUCAGUCCUUAGUGGAUGAGCACAAAAUUUUCUAUAGAAUUUUAAAUGUAUUAUAUGUAUUGAGAUUCCUGUUCUAUAUGUCACAUGUUAAAGUACUGUCAAGUUAUUCAAGUCUGGAAACAAAAGCUGAACUUAACUCUUGCUCCUUCAAAGUUCCCCUAUGCUUUCAACACAAGCUAAACUGCAUCUUCCAAAAAGGAAAACACUGGUCAGGAACAAUGAUGCAUACCUGAAAUCCUACCAACUUGGAAAACUGAGGAAGAAUGAUAGCAAGUUUGAGGGCAGCCCCAGAAACUUAGCAAGACCUGUCUCUAAAUAAAAAUGAAAAGGACUGGGGAUGUAACUCAGUGGUAGAGUGCCCCAGGUUUGAUCGCUGGUAUGAAGAGGGGGAAAAGGAAAACACAGGGAUAGAGUUUAGAUAAAAGUUAAAUGAAGUAGUAUUUUAAUAGGUUCCAAGAAAAAUAAGGCAAUGAGUGAAGAGUUAACACCAAGCUUAGGGAUAGAAAUGGCCCAAAAUUCUGUCCUUGAAAAAUAGAGUCAAGGUAAAUUUAUGUCAUAUGACGUCUUUGCUGAAAGACUUCUGAUCUGAGAGAUUGUACCCUGUCUGGAUGGCGGGGCUGUAACUUUUCUGAACAGCUCAAAUCUUUCUAUGUCAGUAACAUGAUUUUUAAAGUAAAGUUUAAGAUCUACAGUUUUAAAGAACAAUGCUUCUCAGUACCACACCCUGAAAUUUAUUAACCGAAGCCAUUUGUACAGAAUUAAAGUAUGCCACAACUAAGCUCCAGCAUAUAACAAGGUGAACAUUUGUGACAAGUAAGUGCUUACUCAAUUCCAUAAGUACUAAUAUAUCUCAGAAUUACCCUCUUAGACAAAAAAGAUAAUUAUCUUUUUUGAAGGCUGAAUGGGGCUGCCAGGACCAAAGGAAAUGGACCUCACUUCCUAUUAUCUUCUUAGCUGACAUCAAUAAAUUUUAAUUCAGUAAUUAUUAGUUGAGUUAGUGUUAUUAAUUCUUAUUUUGUUAUACUCACAACAACUCUAUGAAGUAUGUAAAAUCACAAUUCUCGAAUGUUGUCAUUUACUUAGGAGAGAACCAGCAGGAAGAAGUUCUCUAUUGAACUAUAAACUCAUAAGAACAUAUCUAUUUCUGCAUAUUUACAUUUCUAAGUUUAUAGGUCUCCAAAUCAUCUAUGACUUCAUCAAUUUUGAAUUUUUAGUCAAAUACAGUAGGACAGAAAAGUUACAUUCUCUAAUGAGAGUCUGAUAAGUUCAAUCAAGCUUAUUAGAAAAUACUCUAGUAUGACUCCAAAAUGAAAGAAAGCUGAACUGGAGAUAUAGUUCAGUUGGUAGAGUUCUUGCUUCAAAAGCACAAGGUCCUGGGUUCUAAUCCCCAGCACCACAAAACAAGAUGAAAGAAAGUACUAAUUUGAAUUUUUCUAAGUCCAGGAUAACUAUUUUUAUUACAAACAUAGUUUUAAAAAUUAUUCAAAGUUUAGAUAUAAGAUAACAUAGACUCAGAGAGAUUCAGUCAUUAUUUUUAUUUUUGCUAGUGAAAAUUAACUUUAAACAAGUUACAUAUGCCGCCUAAUUUCACUCAUUUAGUUAGUGGUAGAGUUGUAAUUGUGAUUAUUCUAUGACUUUUAGUCAUAGAAUUUUCUGCCUCACAAAAUACAGUUUGACAAUGGAGACAGGCAAUUAGACAUGCAAUUAUAAUAUAUGUAUUAUGAAAAGGCUUGGUACAUUCUUAUGUGUUCAUUUCUGUUCUCUUUCCUUUUCCCCCUCCUCACACUGGAAUCUCCACACUCUUCCUUAUCUUUUUUUCACUGCUGUUCUGUCUUUGGACUGAUCAUAGGCUUCAGAUUCGUCUUCACUACUUUCUUUUGUACUACCCUACUUCUCUCCAGACAUCAAAGAUAGUUCUCAUCCUCAUCCCUCCUUAAUGGCAUAGCUGUAGGACCCUGACAGGCUCUCUCUCUUCCUAGAUUAUGGCACGAGGGUCAUUUCUUCCUCCAAAUUUUAGGACUCUCCCUUAGAACUCUCAAAGCUGUCUCCAGUUUUCUGGCAUUUUGUUGAAUCUGCUGCUUGAACAUGUCCAGGGUCAAAAGGGUGUUACUUGUGUGCCACAAGGAUAGGAGACCUUACUCAAUGCUUGCCUUGUCUUUUCCUUCAUCUUUUCUGUCAGUUGCCUCAGGAUCUAUUAAUCUCUCUGCAAGCCAACUAACUAUUACUAAUCCAUUAUAAUGGAUUCUAGUUUUUUUAAAUGGUGGGAAAACAUCAGGCGCUCUCAGGGUAAGGCCUCCCAUAGCCUCCAUUAUUUUGCAGCAUUCUGUCCUUAAUGGCUCAUGGCUUGGAGAAAUGUGAAAGACCUCAUCUGGCAUGUGGAGGUCCAAUAGUUAGAAUGCUCACAGACGUACAUUAAGACAAUAGGGUAAGGAAUCUCCAGGUGGAGACCCAAUGGAAGAUACAGUGCAGUAACAAUGCUUAAGGCCAGAAUUCCAUCAGUUCACAUGCUGAAAGGGAUAGAGGGACACCUCACCCUCUAACAUACUCUUUAUCUUCUCUUCCAGAUGGGUAACUACAUGUCCAUACUCCAAGAGUCAGCCCUCAGCUACAUCUUUAGAAAUUGGGAUAAGUUUAACCCCCAAACCCAUAAAAAGAUGCUUUGUCUUCUUUCCUUUGCCUUUCUUGAGAAAUACUUUCUUUUCUGCUUCUCGUGUCUUCAAUUUCUUUCUUCAAAGUUCUAUAGUUUUCAUUGUAGAAGUCUUUCACCUCCUUGGUUAGAUUUAUUCCUAGGUAUUUUUUGAGAGUAUUGUGAAUGGGAUGGUUUUCCUGAAUUCUUCCUCAGAAGAUUCAUUGUUGGUAUAUAGGAAAGCUAUUGAUUUUCGUAUGUUGAUCUCAUAACAUGUUUCUUUCCCAAAUUUGUUUAUUAGCCCUAGCAGUCAUUUGGUGGAGUUUUUUGAUCUAGGUAUAGAAUCAUAUCAUCUGCAAACAAUGAUAAUUUGAUUUUUCCUUUCCUAUUUUUAUCCCUUUUAUUUCCUUCUCUUGCUUAAUUGCUCCAGCUAGAACUUCUAGCACUCUUGGUGUGGUGAGAAUGGACAUCCCUGUCUUGUCCCAGAUUUUAAGGGAAAAGCUUUUAGUUUUUCCCCAUUCACUAUGAUGUUGGCUUGGGGUUUGUCAUAUAUAACCUUUAUGAUGUUGAAGUAGGUUCCUUCUAUCCCUUGUUUCUUCGGUGCUCUUAUCAUGAAUGGGUGCUAAAUUAUGUCUUCUUAAUAUGUUGUUGGAUAUGAUUUGCAAAUUUUUUCUAAGCAUCUUUGCUUCUAAGUUCAUCAGGGAUAUUGGCCUGUAGUUUUCUUUCUUUGAUGUGUCCUUAUCUGGUUUUGAUAUAACAUGACCAUGACACUGGCUUUUUAGGACUAAUUUGGAAGUGUUUCACCACUUUCUAUUUCAAGGAAUAAUUUGAGGAGCAUUGGGAUUAGUUCUUGUUUAAAGGUUUGGUAGGAUUCCAACAAUAAUCCAUCUGGUCCUGGACUUUCCUUUGUGGGAAGACUUUUAAUUGGUGUUUCAAAUUCAUUACUUGAGAGACAAAUAUCAUUACCUAUGUACAUGUAUGAGUACAUGAAUGGUGUGAAUCUAUAGUGUGUAAAACCAUAGGAAUGAAGAGUUGUACCCCAUUUGGGUACAAUGAAUCAAAAUACAUUCUGUAAAAAUAAAAAAAAAACCCAUAGCAAAAAAAAAUUCUGAAGCAACAAUAGUCUAAUAUACACUUAUCAGGAAGAAAAAUGUUCUGGCCUCUGAAAGCCUCUUCUAAAUAUAUGUGUUCUAUGAAUGCAUGGGUGUGGGCUGGAAGGGAUAGGACAAAGGGUUUUUAAAAAAAAAAACUUCAUUGAUUUAUAAUUAACGUAUUACACAUAUUUAAAGCAUAGAAUUUUAUAAUUACUGAUGUAUGUAUGCACUUUUAAUACCACCAGCACAGUAGAGUGAAUAGGUCAAAAACAUCCAUUGUGGGACU